AUGAUCAGAAUCGUUUAUGCGAUAGGGGUGUCGUGUACGGAAGCCACAGUGGCAGUCCUCGCUCCAUACGUCGCCGCGGACGAUAAAACCUCCGUCGCUCUCCUCUUGGCGAUCACCAUCGUUCAAGUCGCGGGGUUCGGGGGAGCGGCAGACGCGCUGGGGGGGGCGUCGUAUAACCCGCUCACGAACCUCAUCAACUACCUCGCUGACGAGGACGACGAGACGGCGCUCGGCUUGCUGCUGCGCCUCCCCGCUCAGGCAGGUGGCAUGGUGAUAGGUGCCAUGCUGACGUGGACGUUCAUUCCGGAGUCUCUCAAGCACACAGUCAACGGGCCCGCGCUGCCACCUGGCGUCUCGGUAUUGGCCGGUGCGACAGCGGAGUUUACGCUCACGUUUCUGCUGUUCCUGGUGGUGAUGUGGACACUGUUCCUGGGCCCCAGAAGCGACCGCUUAAAGGAAUUCAUCAUGGUCUCAGCCACAAUAGUGGCUAUUGCUGCUGGCAUGCGCUUCUCUGGUCCUUCCCUGAACCCCCUCUUUGCGUUCGGGUGGGUGUACACUUUGGAUCAGGAGAUGUCGGUGCAGCACUUCAUAGUCUACUGGGCUGCUCCCACCGCCGGUGCCGUGCUCGCAGCAGCCUUCUACCGCAUCUACCUGAAACCGCACAAGGCGGCUCUGGAGGCGAAACGGCGGAAGGAGAGAGAAGGGAAGGGAGGGAGGGAAGGGAAGGCUGGGGAGAGAGGGAAGGGGGAGGAGGAAGCACUGAGGGCCAGCAGAGAAGCAAAGGGGGUUGCGGCGGAGAGAGGGGGCGAGGGGUUGCGAAAACGGGUGGGUGCGGGGGUGCGUGAAGAGGACGAAGACGCUGUGAAUAAUGGUGUUGGUGAAGGGACAAACAAAGCAGAGUGA